AACAACGUGGCAUACAAAACAAAAGUUAAUAAAUGUAAACAGUAAAACGCAUUAUAGCUUGCCGGCCAAUAGUGUCAAUAAAUACACACAUUUGAUCGACCACAAUCACACCGUUCAAACCCUUACAGAGCUCAAGAACUGACUGGACUUGAAAAUGGCGAGGAUGUACAAGAAGUUGGCAAUUUGCGGCGGUGAAGGAGGACGUGAAUGGGACGACGAUGUAUUCGAAGGCGUGAGAAAAGUGUACGUUGGGCAAGAUCUCUCACGUAUCAGUUACAUCAAAUUCGAGUACGUGAAGGUAGACGGUGCAGUAAUAACACGUGAAUAUGGGACAAUACAUCAACAACCUAAAGAGUUUGAACUUUACCCUGAUGAACACAUCAAAGCGGUGGAGGGAAGCUACAAGUCAGUGGCUCUGUGUGCCACCGAGGUAAUCACGUCCCUAGUCUUCAAGACGUCGAAGGGUAGAACGUCUCCAACCUUUGGUGCGAACUUGUUCGGUACAAAGUUCAUUUUUGAGGAAACUCAAGGUAAGAAGAUCGUAGGGUUUCAUGGACGGUCAGGUAAUGCUCUGGACGCUAUUGGAGUUUACUUUGCACUGGACUCUCUGACUACACCGACCCCUGUUUACAAGCUGGAAGCUCAAGGUGGUACAGAGGGGCGUGUUUGGGAUGAUGGUUUUUACGAUGGUGUUAAAACCAUGCGGAUUGGUCAAGAUAAUAGCCGUAUCACUUAUUUAGAGUGUGAGUACGUGAAAGGUGGGAAAUUGGAGACGCGUUGCCAUGGGAAGAAAGGAGAAAAACAAUUUGAGAUUGUGCUUGUCCCGGGUGAAUACAUCAAAUCGGUGGAAGCAACUUAUGAUAAGACAAGCUUCUUUCGCAACACGGUCCUUACGUCGCUUAAGCUCGAAACAUCAGCGGGGAGAACAAGUUUCUUUGGGUAUAAGACGGGUAAAAUGUUUGUCCUGAAACAAAAGGAUCGAAGACUUGUGGGAUUCCAUGGAAGAGAAGGCGACGCUAUUGAUGCAGUUGGAGCCUAUUUUGCACCUAUUCCUACUCCUGUUCCUGUGAUUCCAGCCACAAAACUACCAGCGGUAGGUGGAAAGGGAGGAGUUGCAUGGGAUGAUGGUGUCUACGAUGGUGUUAGGAAGAUAUACGUAGGACAAGGUAAUGAUGGUGUGUCCUUUGUUAAGUUUGAGUACGUUAAAGGGACAAACUUGGUAUCUGGAGAUGACCAUGGGAAGAAGACAAUACUCGGAGCUGAAGAGUUUGUGUUAGAAGAUGGUGAAUACCUCACGGUUUUGGAAGGCUACUACGAUAAGAUCUUUGGAGUGCAGGAACCGGUGAUUAUCUCUCUUAAGUUCAAGACAAACAAAAGGGAUUCAAUUCCGUUUGGAAUGAAUUCCGGUGAGAAGUUCUCACUCGGGGAGAAAGGCCACAAGAUCGUCGGGUUCCAUGGGCAAGCUAGUGAUGUUCUUCACAGUGUUGGAGUUACUGUUGUUCCCAUCACCCCUACCAAGUGAAACAUGCAUCUAUUGUAUGAAUAAUACUGAAUGAACUUUUAAUCAGAUUGUCCUUUUAAUGGUAUUUACUUUGAAUAAUAAAGUCUAUCGGUUCUUUUCUG